AUGCUGCGGCCCGAGGGCCCCCGAGCCCCGGAGGACGGGGCGGCGCCCCCGGCCCCCAGGAACGACUGCAUCGUCUGCUACUCGGCCUACGACCUGUGCGCGCACCUGCCCCGCCGCCUCUACUGCGGCCACACCUUCUGCCAGGCGUGCGUGAGGCGGCUGGACGCCCCCGCGCACGAGCAGCGCUGGAUCCCCUGCCCCCAGUGCCGGCAGAGCACGCCCACGCCGCGGGGCGGGCCGGCCAUGCUGGACCUGGACCUGGCCGCCUUCCUGGCCGCCAGGGCCGAGCGGGAGCCGCCCCGCGCCGCGCCCGCGCCCCCGGCCCCCCUCAAGGGCAGCACCCCCGUCACUGAGCAGCCCGCGGGGAGCGGCCCCAGCCUGGGCCCCCAGCCCCGCUUCCCGCAGCCCGGACGCUGCUGCUGCCGCUGCUCGGGCUGCUCGGGCUGCGGGAGCCCUUGCUGGUGCCCCCCUGGCAGCCCCGAGGCGUGA